AUGCCGACAACCUCAACUCUCCCGACGCCAACGACAAGCAGCACCCUCCUCUUCCUCCUCCUCUUCAUCCCAGCGUUUUUCCCCGGCGCCUUCAUCGGCCUCCUCAAACUCCCUUUCCGGGCCCUCACCUCAUCGCCUUCCUCCCUCCAACCGCUCCCCGCCUGCUGCCCCCCACCACCACCCCCCGCAACGAUGUCCUGGUUCCAAAAGACGCUCUCCCUGCCGCCCAAGAGCCGGGGCUCCUACCUCGUCACCGCGGACAUCGAGAAGCAGCUCCCGGAGCUCAAGAACUACAAAACGGGCCUCCUGAAUCUGUUCCUGCAGCACACGAGCGCGGCGCUGAGCCUGAACGAGAACUGGGACUCUGAGGUUAGGGAGGACAUGACGGAUGCGCUGGAGCGGAUCGUGCCGUACGACAAGGCGGGGAAGCUUUAUCGGCAUGCCGCGGAGGGGGAGGAUGAUAUGCCUGCACAUAUCAAGUCCGCCCUCAUAGGCGCAAGCGUCACGAUACCUAUCACGAAUGGAAGGUUGGCGACGGGCACGUGGCAGGGGAUAUGGUACUUGGAGUUCAGGACGGCGAGGCACUCGAGGAAGGUGGUUGCGACUAUACAAGGGGAAAAGAUGUGA